CUGGACUGGCAGGACCAUCUUGACCAGUACAUCAUGGUCCUAGAGCAGCCCUCAUCCUGGAGGGAAAUGCACGAUUUUUGGCUGCAUUAUGACGGCCUCUUCAGUGAGGGGAUGGCCCAUCAUUUCAUGCAGCAGGUUAUCGACCCUGCUGCCGUGUGCUGUUCCUGGGGGGUCCUCCAUCGUGAUAUCAAGAUGCCAAACCUCCUGGUCAACAUAGAGACCCUGGAGGUGAAGCUGAUUGAUUUCGGCUGUGGGGACCUCCUGAAAAGCACAUUGUACAAAACCUACAGUGGGACAGCGAGGUACUGCCCUCCAGAAUAUUUUGAGAGGGGCGAGUACAAUGGGAAACAGGCAACCGUGUGGUCACUGGGAGUGCUCCUGUUCCACAUGAUCACCAGCCUUUUCCCCGAGAGCAGCGAUAUCAGUCUGAUGGACACUGAUAUCUGGUCCCAGCCAGGCUUCUCCCAUGAGAGCUGCCGUUUUAUCCGAGGAUGUCUGAAGAGCGACCCGGGGAAGAGGCUUCAUUUAGAGGAGAUGCUCUUCCAUGACCGGUUUAAAGUCCCCCUGUAAGUCAUGGAGGACAGGGUCAGCUUUGUGUCUGGUGGGCUGACACGGGUGACCCCUCCAUCCCUCCAGUCUUAGUGUCUUGCGGGGCUGGCAGGCCUUGGUAGCGUCUGGCGCCUUGGCUUGAGGCAGCAGUUUUAGGAUCUUGUGGAACUACUCGCCUAGGGAUGUGAAUUGUAAAUAGUUAAUUUAAUUUUAGUUAGUUAAGUACUUCACCAUCCAAACAUAUUUCUAAAAAUGGAGUCACCUAGAGCUUCCCAGAGCUCCCCAUCAAACCUGUCCCACAAAUUCCUGGCACUGCUGCCAUAGAGGUUCCU